AUGUGCCCAGGCAGCGACACCUUGGGGACGCUUGGUGUGUCAGUGAUAUCUCCUUACAGAUACGCUCGUUCGGACAGCGCGCACACCGAUCAGCAUGAUAGCCUUGGUUGGGUCAACUACAUUCUUGAAACAACAUGGCCUCACUUUCGGACGGCCGCCACCUCACUCGUCAAGAACAUCGUUGCUGCUGAAGUGACGUCGCAGAUCCGAGCUCGGAAUACCUUGGGCUUCAAUAUCGACAUUGAAGUUCAGACGGAGUUUGAUAUAGGUUCACAGCCGCCUCAUCUGAAGAAUAUCGUUGCAACACACACCGGGCGGGGCAUGCAGGAAGGUGUUGAGCUUCUUGCUCAUUUGGACAUGGCCUCUGCGGAGGACUUCCAUUUCACGCUUUCCAUCUCCGGUCGAGUCAGCGGUCUCCCGAUCAACACCUCGGUCGGCUUGGCUAAGUUCUCACUUUCGGGGAACGCCUGCGUGCUCCUCUCGCCCCUGAUAGACGCCGUUCCAAUUUUUGCAGGAGGCAAGAUGUACUUCCUGGAUUUACCUGACCUCCACUUCGAGUUCUUCGGCAUGCGCUCUGCCGGCAAGCUGCUGGGGCCGAUCUUGGUGCAGGCAGUCCAAAACUGCGCCGAGAAGGUGCUCCAAUCCUUUGUCGUGCCAGGCGGAAUUUACGUUCCCAUUUCGCCGAUUCCACCCUCGAAUCUGAUGCCGAUUGCCACGCCUGCGCCCUUCGGCUACGUUGUGGCCACAGUUCACGAGGCUCGAGGAGUUUUUGGCGGUGACUUCUCCUUGUUCAGCAAAGAGACUAGCGACCCGUCGGUUCAGAUUCAGCUCGGUGGCACCACGUUUACCACCUCGUAUCACACGAACACCAGCAAUCCAAAGUGGGAUCCUCCAGAAAGCGGAUUUUUGCCUUUGUUUCACCACAACCAACAACUUCACAUCGACGUGUCAGAUGUAGAUCUCGGGGAUCGCAGAGACCUGCUGGGGCAGUUCUCCGGCACUGUCCAGACAAUCCAUGAGAUGGUGGAAGGCAAGGACUGGCUGGGCAUGGUACUCACACCAGAUGCGGCGAAGGCCAUGCCGGACCCACGCAAGAAGAUGGAAGUGCUACUCUCCACAGAGUUCCUUGAGGUGGCCAAGCUCACCUCAGACGUGGGGAUCGUCGAUUCAAUUCCUGCAGGGCCAGAGCAUGAGAAAGGUGGACCACGGAAGUUGUCGGUGGACUACACGAGGUUGUUGCGCCUUGUUUCCGUGAAGCUCAUGGGGCUGGAGGCACCAGACGAGUUUGUGGAGGAAGUCAUGUACAGCACCGCGUCCGUGACCGCAGAUGCCGGAAAGCCGCCCAAGAACUUCAACAAGGAGAAGAAGGGUGGACUUUGGAAGAAGGGCCUGGAGACAUUGAACCUGUGGUCCAGUCCAUCGGGUGGCACGCUGAAGCAUCCGCCCAUGAAGACAAAGAAGGCCCGGGCCUGGGGCGCCUCCCAGACGAAUCCGAAAGGCAGCUUCCUCCACAACGUCAGCACACACUCUCAGCUGAUGAUCGAGCGCUUGGCCGUUGAGAAGAAGAUGCCUUACGGUGAGAUCGCCAAGAUCGCAGGUCUCCCAGAGGGUCAGGUCAAGCUGCUCGUGGAGAUGCAGCGAAGCCUGCAAGUGGUCUGGUAUCAGGCUUUCCACCGGCUGCUCGAGUAUCCAGGCGGUGUCGUCAGCGUCGAGGUUUCCAAAGAGGAUAAAACAUCCCUCGGCAAGGUGAGCGUUGACUUGCAGGAG